CUUUCUCUUCCCAUUUUCAAAUCGUUGUCUUCCUUCAUUUUUGCACCACUUACUUCAAGCUAUUGAGAGAUGGUGAAGGUCCGGAUGAACACGGCGGACGUGGCCGCCGAGGUCAAAUGCUUACGUCGCUUAAUCGGGAUGCGCCUUUCUAAUGUCUACGAUCUUUCUCCCAAGACAUAUGUAUUCAAGUUGAUGAAUAGCAGUGGAAUUACCGAGUCUGGAGAGAGUGAGAAGGUUUUGUUGCUGAUGGAAAGUGGGGUAAGAUUGCAUACCACAGCUUAUCUCAGGGAUAAAAGUAAUACUCCUUCUGGGUUCACUCUCAAAUUGCGAAAACACAUCAGAACUAGAAGGCUUGAGGAUGUACGGCAGCUUGGAUAUGAUCGGAUAAUUCUCUUUCAGUUUGGGGUUGGUGUUAAUGCUCACUAUAUUAUAUUGGAGCUCUAUGCACAAGGGAACAUACUCCUCACCGAUUCCGAAUUCAUGGUUAUGACUCUUCUGCGGUCACACAGGGACGAUGAUAAAGGGGUUGCAAUCAUGGCACGUCAUCCUUAUCCAGUUGAAAUUUGUAGAGUCUUUGAACGGGCUGAUGGUGCAAAGUUACAGGAAACCCUUACAUCCUUUAACAAUCAAGAAAGUAAUGAACAUGUGGAAGAUGGUGCAGGUGGAAAUCAUGCACCUGUUGCACCACAAGUGAAGAAGGGGAGCCACAAGGCUGUGAAGUCCAAUGAUUCUAAUAAAAAGAAGGAUAGUGCCCAUGCCAAACAAGCUACAUUGAAGGUUGUUCUUGGGGAGGCUUUGGGUUAUGGACCAGCACUAUCAGAACAUAUUAUAUUAGAUGCUGGCCUAGCUCCAAACUUGAAAGUUUCCAAGGACCUGAAAUUAGAGGAUGGUUGCAUUCAGACUCUUUCUGAAGCUGUUAAGAGGUUUGAGGACUGGCUGGAGGAUGUUAUAUCAGGUGCUAAAAUUCCAGAAGGAUACAUCUUAAUGCAGCAGAAGAAAAUGGGGAAGGAUCAAGCCCCUGCUGAAUCGUCUGGCACUGAUCAGAUUUAUGAUGAGUUCUGCCCGUUAUUGUUAAAUCAGUUCAAAUCAAGGGUUUCUGUGAAAUUUGAGACGUUUGAUGCUGCAUUGGAUGAAUUCUAUAGUAAAAUUGAGAGCCAGCGAGUUGAACAACAACAAGAAGCAAAAGAGAGUUCUGCAAUGCAGAAGCUUACCAAGAUUCGCAACGAUCAGGAAAACCGUGUACAAGUACUGAAGAAAGAAGUUGAUCGCUCUGUUACAAUGGCAGAACUUAUAGAAUACAAUUUAGAGGAUGUGGAUGCUGCUAUCUUGGCUGUUCGCGUAGCUCUUGCAAAUGGUAUGAGUUGGGAUGAUUUAACUCGCAUGGUGAAAGAGGAGAAGAAAUCUGGAAAUCCUGUUGCAGGUCUUAUCGACAAACUACAUCUUGAAAGAAAUUCCAUGACUCUGCUAUUGAGCAAUAAUCUUGAUGAAAUGGACGAUGAUGAAAUAACUCAACCUGUCGAAAAGGUGGAAGUUGAUCUAGCGCUUUCUGCCCAUGCAAAUGCUCGACGGUGGUAUGAGCAAAAGAAGAAACAGGAGAGCAAACAAGAAAAGACUCUUACAGCUCAUGCAAAGGCCUUUAAGGCUGCUGAAAAGAAGACACGUCAACAGCUCUCUCAGGAAAAAUCUGUUGCUGCUAUUUCACAUAUACGGAAAGUGCACUGGUUUGAAAAGUUCAAUUGGUUCAUCAGCAGUGAGAAUUAUUUGGUUAUCAGUGGACGUGAUGCUCAACAGAAUGAGAUGAUAGUCAAGCGUUACAUGUCAAAAGGAGACCUGUAUGUCCACGCAGAACUGCAUGGAGCUUCUAGUACCGUGAUUAAGAAUCACAAGCCUGAUAGCACUGUACCCCCUCUUACAUUGAAUCAAGCAGGAUCUUUCACUGUCUGCCACAGCCAAGCAUGGAACUCAAAGAUUAUUACUAGUGCAUGGUGGGUGUAUCCGCAGCAGGUGAGCAAAACGGCUCCUACUGGGGAAUAUCUUACAGUUGGCAGUUUCAUGAUCAGAGGGAAGAAGAAUUUUCUUCCUCCUCAUCCUCUAAUCAUGGGCUUUGGCAUAUUAUUCCGCUUGGAUGAGAGUUCCUUGGGGUCUCAUCUGAAUGAAAGGAGAGUAAGGGGUGAAGAGGAUGGAAUCAUUGAGGCUGAAGACGGUGAGCCUUUUAAAGAAUUGUCUGAUUCUGGUUCUGAGAGAGAAACAGCAGAAGCAGAAGAUCCAGUAAACGUUUCAGAUUUCCCAACAGAUGAACAGAAAUUGACGAGUUUAUCCUCUGAAGCUAGUUCUACUCAUGAAAUCAGCUCCUCUGAUGUCAAAACCACCAACCUGCAAGAAGUUUCUGUCGAAGAGGAGGCUAGUCACAGUGGCAAUAUUGAUGAUAAUGGAUUGGAGACAUCUGGGAGAGCUGCUGCAACUGUGUCCCCUGAACUUGAGGAUCUUCUUGAUAGAGCUCUUGAGCUUGGAUCUGCUGCCUCAUCUGCUAAAAAAUACGGGCUUCAUGUUUCAGAAGUGGAAUCAGAGAUAAAUAAUCAUGAGGAGAAGAAAGCAACAGUGAGGGAAAAACCUUAUAUCUCCAAAGCUGAAAGAAGAAAGCUCAAGAAAGGCCAACCGCAUAGUGUCGGCGGAAAUGCUGGUCAUGGGGAAGAGGACGUGGAGAAAAACAAUAAAGUCAACCAUCAGCCACAAAAAGAUGUUCUGAACUUAAGGCUAGAUGGCGGUGGAAAAGUCAGCCGUGGCCAGAAGAGUAAACUCAAGAAGAUGAAAGAAAAGUAUGCGGAUCAAGACGAGGAAGAAAGGAAAAUCCGAAUGGCUUUACUUGCUUCUGCUGGAAAAGCUAAAGUGAAUGAACAAGAUGCGCAGAGUGAAGCAGUAUCUACAAACACAGAGUUGAAGUCUGUAGGCGGCAAUGAAGAUGCUCCAAAAAUAUGCUACAAAUGUAAAAAGGUUGGACAUCUGUCUAAAGAUUGUAGAGAACAUCCAGAUGAAGUGAAGGGUGGUCGUGCAAAUGGUAGGCAUGAAGACAAUGAUGCUAGUCUUAGUGAAGCUGAGAGGAUGGCAAUGGAAGAAGAUGAUAUAAAGGAGAUUGGUGAAGAUGAGAAAGAGAAAUUGACAGACGUGGAUUAUCUGACAGGGGUUCCUCUACCAAACGACAUUCUUUUAUAUGCUGUGCCUGUGUGUGCUCCUUACGCUGCUUUACAAUCAUAUAAAUAUCGUGUGAAGAUAAUCCCUGGAACAGCAAAGAAAGGAAAAGCUGCGAAAAUGGCUAUGAAUUUGUUUGGUCACAUGGUGGAAGCAUCUCAACGAGAGAAAGAGUUGAUGAAGGCAUGUACAGAGCCAGAGCUUGUGGCUGCGAUUAUCGGAAACGUCAAAGUCUCUGCUGCAGGCCUCAAUCAAUUGAAGCAGAAGCAAAGGAAAGGAAAGAAAGCAGCCAAAGCAAGCUGAGUUUCACGUUUGAUUGUGUAAAUGGUAAAAUACAGAAAUAAUGGGGAGACACCAAUUUUGGAGGAUGGAGGCAAAAGUGUUGGAAGGUUUGAUAUUUGCAAUUGCAAAUCAUAUUUUGAGAUAUGCAACACUCCUUUUUUAAAUGGAGAAAAAAAAUCAUGUUUUUAGUCUCUCUCACACAAACACAUUUUCAAACAGUGUAUCAUGUGUUACUUUACAUGUCCUUUUUUUUAUGUAUAGCUAGAAUUUAAUGUAACCAUUCACAUAUAUUUGUUUCACCUUUUGGCAUAUUUAUAUACCAAAACGAGUAUAUGUAU